AUGGCACUAGCAUACAACUUUCAACCUUCCGAAGAAUCCUUGGCCUCCACCGUCUCAAAUGGCCCAAUAACAGUCUCUUAUCCACCACCUCAGGCAUUGCACGUCGCGAACUUUUCAGAAGCUGAUGUGCCCGUAGACAGCGACGACGACGACGACAUACUUUCUCUAUCUUCAUCGUUGAACUCACAACGGUAUAGAGACUUCCUCAUCCAUACACAACCAAUACAUCUAUUCAAUUGGAAAUCGGGCACUGACAAUAAUAUCGUCCCCAUCCUGGAACAAGAGGCCAAUAAUUUGUUACAACAAGAAACAGACGCUGAAAACACAACAAACAAUAACAAUAAAUCAAGAUCCGGUUCUUUAAAUUCCAUCUUUUCUGACCUGCUGGAUUUCGAAUUCGAAGAACCUUUCUACGAGAACAACAACACGAAGGAGCAGGACGACCCUACUCUUAACCUCAAAUACGAUACCUACAACAAUUACAUCUUCCCCGAGGAGGAACUCUUGCAAUACUAUAAUUACAAACAUAUCCCCAGUUGGAAUGACUGCUAUCAGAAUGCAUCCUUGGAUGCGAAUAAAUGGGAAUUUUGUCCCUUCGUGGAAAACACCCAGGAAUUCGAAUUCUUGAAACAACUACAUAUGAAAUUAGCAAGGUAUACCACGAAACCCACAACCAAUUAUCUUUAUUGCAAUCCAGAUCCAAAUAAAUGUCAAUUGCAACUCUCCUUGGAACAGGAAUAUUUCGAUAAAGUUAGGUUCCAGGAGAUAUCGUUCAAGUUCAGCAAGACUUACCAUUAA